AUGCUAACAAAAGACUUUUGGAAAAUAAAGGAACGAACAUACUUUGACUCGGGCGACUUUGCCCUCUCAGCUGCUGACCGCGAAACGGACAAUGGCGCAGUCCAUACAGGCAGAGCACAUCCUCAACGAGAGAGCAUUUCACAUCCUUAUGCUCCCAUCCCGGCCAACAGCAACGUGAACAAGGAUGCCAACGAGGAUCCGUAUAGGAAAAGUGCUAGUCCCGAGAGAAGUCCACUUCUUCAACAGACGGAUUAUAAAGGGGGCUCCAAUGAGAGAAAGGAUUCUAUCACCCAUGAGGGUUGA